AUGGCGCCAAACCAAGGUCUUGUGCAUCUCAAGGAGUACGAUAUCAAGGAUAGUAAUGUCGAACUCAUUGGCACGGACAUCGACCACCAGGUGAAAUACAAGUCUGCGGCUACCGAGCCGGCUUGGAAUGAUGGGGAGGUCGGCCAGUCGACAGGGCUACAUGUCUGGCGCAUCGAGGACUUUGAGGUCAAGCCGUGGCCGAAGGAGAAGUACGGCCAGUUCAUGGACGGUGACAGCUAUAUCGUUCUCCACUCGUACAAGGUCGGCAGCAAGGAUGGAACUGAGAAGCUAGGCCACGACAUCUUCUUCUGGCUCGGGGCCCACACUUCGCAGGACGAGGCCGGCACGGCUGCGUACAAGACAGUAGAGCUCGACGAGUUCCUGCACGGGGCUGCGACACAGCAUCGUGAGCUGCAGUCGGCGCCAUCCGACGAGUUUUUGGGACUGUUUCCUCGCAUCUCAAUUCGCUCGGGUGGCGUCAGAUCCGGAUUCCGGCAUGUCGAGGACGGGGGGCCCAAGGAGGAGAUCCUUACCCUUUUGCGCAUUUUCAAGAAUCCGUCCGUGGGCGCCAACGGAGUGGUGGUGCACGAGGUGGAGCCGACGUGGCAGAGUCUGGACGAGAGCGACGUCUUUGUGCUGGAUACGGGCAAUAAGAUCUGGCAGUGGCAGGGCAAGAGCUGCAGCCCGAUGGAGAAGGCCAAGGCGGCGCAGGUGGUCAACGACAUGACCCUGGCUAAGCACAUCGACGUCGAGGUUCUGGCUCAGGAAGAGUCGCGAUCCCGUGUCAUCGUCAAGCUCCUCGGAGGCGACGACGAUACGCCGCAGUCCGGGUUCCAGUGCCCCAGGCCGGUCCGGUCAGCGUCCAAGGCGCACGCUGGCGAAAGGCCCCAGAAGCUCUUCCGGCUCAGCGAUGCUUCGGGCGAGCUCAAGUUCGACAUAGUCAAGGAUGGCAGUCGGGCGGCGCUUUCGGACUUUGACGGACAGGACGUGUUCUUGCUGGAUGAUGGGGGACGGGCCGUCUGGGUGUGGGAAGGACAGGGCGCCAGCAGGGGAGAGAAGGCGAACUGGCUCAGAGUUGCGCAGGCGUAUAUUCGGCAGCUGCAGGGAAGUUCGGAGGCCAAGGAGGCCCAUCUCACGCCGCUGGCCAAGGUGACGCAGGGCAACGAGAGCCGGGCGUUCCUGAAGGCGGUGCAAGUAUAA